AUGGCGGAAGCCAUUCGGUCUAAGAACCUUUACGAGCUCCUCGGUAACGACCCCGAGCUCGACCCCAACAGACCCCCUGCUCCCCCCGCCCGGGCCGUCGACCGACCGGCUCCCCGCCAUGGCAAGCGUGAUGGCCCUAAGGAGGCCCCCGCCGCCACCACCACCACCCCCCGCGAGAACAACAACCGCCGCGGUGGCCGUGUGAACGCUGGCAACGACGCUGCUUUCCGUGACCGCAACGCCGGUCGCCAGAACAACCGCACCAAGCCCACCGAUGAGGCCGAGCAGCCCGCUCGCCGUGGUGAGCGUCGCCCCCGUGGUGACCGUCAGUCCCGCACUGGCCAGACUGACACCCGCAAGCAGGUCCAGCAGGGCUGGGGUGCUGAGGCCGGCGAGAAGACCUGGGAUGACGAGCGUGCCGGCGAGAAGAUCGCCCAGGCCGACGAGAACGAGCCCCAGACUCCCGCCGAGGACGCCGAGGAGGCCGACAAGUCCGUCUCCUUCGAUGCCUACCUCGCUGAGAAGGCCGCCAAGGCCAGCCUGGCUGCUAAGCCUGUCCGCUCCGCCAACGAGGGCACCAAGGCUGACAAGAAGUGGGAUGCCGCUAAGGAGCUCUCCCACGAGAACCAGCAGGAUUUCAUCGCCGCCUCGGCCGAGAAGUCCCAGCGCCAGAAGCAGCGCAAGGAGAAGAACUUCCUUGACGUCGACCUGCGCUACGUCGAGCAGCCCCGCACCGGCCCCUCCAACGGCCCCCGUGGUGGCCGUGGUGGUGACCGCGCUCCCCGUGGCGACCGUGCUCCCCGUGGUGGUGACCGUGCUCCUCGCGGUGACCGCGCUCCCCGUGGCGAUCGCGCUCCUCGCGGUGGCCCCCGCGGUGGUGCUCCUCGUGGCGGUGCUGCUGCUGCCCCCCGUGGCGGCCGUGCCCCUGCCGGCCCUACCGUCGACGAGAAGAACUUCCCCAGCCUGGGCGCAUAA